AUGGUUCAUUUCUCGGUUCCUCUCUUGUGUUUGGUCACCGUAGCCUCGGGUUCUUUCCCGUCUUGGCCAUCUCCAACAUCCACAACCACCCUCGCCAAGACUGUUAGUGUCAAAGCCGACACUCCUUACGACGGAAAAUUGGUCAGGUUCAACGCCGCCUUCGGAGAUGGCGGUCAAGAUGAAGGACAAGCUCCCCUUUUCGAGUUGGAGGAUGGAGCCACCAUCAAGAAUGUUGUGAUUGGUCCUAAGGCUGCUGAUGGAAUCCACUGCAAGGGAUCUUGUACUAUCGAGAACUGCUGGUGGGAGGAUGUUGGAGAAGAUGCCGCUACCUUCCGAGGAACCACAUCGGCCAAGUAUACAGUCAGUGGAGGCGGAGCGCAGAAGGCUGAUGACAAGGUGUUCCAACACAAUGGAUUCGGGACCGUUACUAUCACAAACUUCCAGGUAAAAUUAUUUUAUGACUUUCAAAAAUUGUCAAUCUAGUUCUAUGACUAUGACUAGAUACAUUUCCCUUCAGGCCACCGACAUUGGAAAGCUCUACCGUUCGUGCGGAAACUGCGUUGAGAACGGAAAAGAUCGUCACGUUGUUAUCGACACUGUAAAGCUCAGUGGAACCACCAAGGUCAUCGCUGGAGUCAACGGAAACUAUGGAGAUACCGCCAUCCUCAAGAACAUCCAAAUUGCCGGCACUGUCAAGGUUGUUUGCGAAAAUUACAAAGGCAUCAGUGACAACGAUGAAGAACCGAAAGGUGUCGCUUCUUACACGACCACUCAGGAUGGAGAUGGAAAGAUUUGCAUCUACAAGAAGAGCGAUAUUGUCUCUGCCUAA